CCCGGCGCGCCCCAUAAAACCUGAGCGGCUGCCGCCGCCCCCCUGGCCGGGACCUGGCGGCACGGCGCCGAGCGCAGCCCGCGACGCCCGCUGUCCCGAGGCGCGAGAAAAGGCUGAGCAUGCGGGGCGCGCAGAGCAUGAGGCUCCUUCUGCAGCGGCGGUGCCUCUGUCUGGCGGUCCUGACCCUGCGCCUCCUGGGCCAGGUCUCAGCUACCGCGCGCUGCCCCUCGCCGUGCCCGCGCCAGUGCCCUGAGCCUCCGCCGUCCUGCGCCCCGGGGGUGCGCGCCGUGCUGGACGGCUGCGCCUGCUGCCCCGUGUGCGCCCGCCAGCGCGGUGAGAGCUGCUCGGAGCUGGCACCCUGCGACCCCAGCGGCGGGCUCCACUGCGACCGCAGCGCGGACCCCAGCAAUCAGACCGGAGUGUGCAUGGUACUAGAAGGAGACAACUGCGUAUUCGAUGGGGUCAUUUACCGCAGCGGGGAGAAGUUCGAGCCCAACUGCCAGUACCACUGCGCCUGCCGAGACGGGCAGAUUGGCUGCGUGCCCCGCUGCCAGCUGGACGUGCUGCUGCCGGGGCCCGAGUGCCCGGCUCCCAGGAAGGUGGCAGUGCCAGGAGAAUGCUGUGAGAAGUGGACCUGUGGCCCCCCUGAGGACGGGGGCCUGGGCAGCCUGGCCCUUCCAGCCUACAGGCCAGAAGCCACAGUGGGGGUCGAAGUGUCAGACUCCAGUAUCAAUUGCAUCGAGCAGACCACGGAGUGGAGCGCGUGCUCCAGGAGCUGCGGCAUGGGCCUGUCCAGCCGGGUCACCAACAGGAACCGCGAGUGUGACAUGGUAAAGCAGACCAGGCUGUGCAUGGUGCGGCCCUGUGAACCAGAGCCUGAGCAGCCCGUGGAGAAGAGAGGAAAAAAGUGUCUGCGCACCAAGAAGUCGCUCCAGCCCAUGCACCUGCAGUACGAGAACUGCACCAGCCUGCUCGCUUACAGGCCCCGGUUCUGUGGGGUCUGCAGCGAUGGCCGGUGCUGCACGCCCCACACCACCAAAACCAUCCAUGUGGAGUUCCAGUGCCCGUCGGGGCAGACUCUCAGGAAACCACUCAUGGUCAUUGGCACCUGCACCUGUCACACCAACUGUCCCAAGAACAACGAAGCUUUCCUCCAGGACCUGGAGCUAAAGACCAGCACGGGGGACAUGUAAGAAAUACCCACAGUGGCAAGCUGUAGCUGUUGCAGACCCACCAUCCAAUGAAUAUAAGAAGAAAAAUGAAGACCUAUAGUUGGUUGCAUCCUUGAGUCCUGUGUGUCUUUCUGUGAUCAUCCGAGGUCACUUGUAUCUGUCUUUUGUUUAUUGAAAGAUAUCUGAGCUGUAAACUUGGAAUCAAGGAAAGCUCAGGCAUGGCUUAGGGAUGACUGACUUGCUUAUGAUGUUUAUGACAAAUGCAAAUUUCUGUACCUUUAAGAAGUCAAGUAUAUGAUUUCCUUUGUAGACUAUCACAUGACACUCAUCCUGUUUCAUUGUGCACUAGUGCAAUUUCCAAGGAAAUGUCACUGUAGUGAAUGACAUGGUGAAGCCUAGGAUCACACUGAACAUGUCUUCAUAGAAGCAUUACCGCAUAUUUGGAGGUUUGGCUGCUUGGGUCUCCAGUGGGCUGCCUUUUGGCGUGGGUGAGCUCUGCACUUGAAGCCCGGGACCCAAGGAAACAGACAGCUGUUCAGCGUGUCCAGAGACUGUUAACUCUAUUCUGCAGUGUGCUAGGAAACGUGCUGUAUCUACAGCAGUGAAGUGUUUGGUAAUUAAGUGGACUGGAGUUAAGAACUUUCUCCAUUUUAGAUCAACUGACUCCUUUCCACUAGAAAGAAGCUCAACAGGAAACUCCCAAUACAUAAAUGACUGGGCCCUCACAGCCCUCGUACCUCUCUAUACUGUAGACUGCUGAGGUCACUAGUUUUUAAUUAACCAGAAGCAAAAUAUAUCAAUAAAGAUCUUCUCAUCAGUAAGUAUACUGAGGCCCUGAGCACUUGAUUACGACCUUUCAAAUGUUCUUUAUGUGGAAUUUUGAAAAAACAUAAGGGACAAAAUCAGGAUGAUUGUGAUGGUGAGGAGCACAAAUUUUGUGAGAGUUUAAAAUGAUUUAGAUAUACUCCAAACCUAUUCUUGGGUUAUAAUUAUGAAAACACAUAAAAACAUAUAUAUACAUAUGUGUAUCGGCUAGGUCAGGCUGACAAGAUAGGCUACAAAAUUAAAACUAUCCAUUCCGCAAUGUUGCUGUACGUGUUCCAUUUUUUCCUCCCUUGAAGUAUUUAUAAAAGCAUAAAUUAUGCAUUUUGUAAAAUACUCUUUUUUGAUGUCUCUACAUGUCAGACACGACCCAGAAGAGCAUGAUGCUGUAUGUAUGUGACUCUGGCACUGCUUCUGUGCCCCCAAGCUUGGUAUGGUUGUUCACUGAAAAUAAAAAUGUAUGGAUUAAACAAAG